AGGACCCCAGAGCUGUACAGAUGAGAAAAGGGUGCAGGAAAUUCUGUUGUUUACACAUGUGGCUGCAACUGAGACGCUAGAGCAGCCCAGCAAGCCCAGAGGGCCUUAAAAGAUAAAUAUGAAUUUAGAUUCCAUUCAUCGAUUAAUUGAGGAAACACAAAUCUUUCAGAUGCAGCAGUCAUCCAUGAAACCGCACUGUGACAUGGUAGAACCUUCCUCAGCCCCCGGGGAUACCUAUAAUUCCUGUUUCUCACUUUAUGGGUCACAAUCUCAUGCUGUCCAUAAUUUCUGUGCUCGCUCAUGUAACAACAAUGAAUGGGAUAUUUGUGAAGAACUUCGCCUGCGGGAACUUAAAGAGGUCAAGGCCAGAGCUGCUCAGAUGGAAAAGACCAUGCGGUGGUGGUCAGACUGCACUGCCAAUUGGAGAGAAAAAUGGAGCAAAGUUCGAGCCGAAAGGAACAGUGCCAGGGAGGAAGGAAGACAACUCAGAAUAAAAUUAGACAUGACGAUGAAAGAAUUGAGUGCACUGAAAAAAAAGCAAAGUUUGCCACCUCAAAAGGAGGCAUUAGAAGCUAAAGUUACCCAGGACCUGAAACUUCCCAGUUUUGUAGAAGAGUCCUUUGAACAUAGAGACCAAUUUCUACUUAGUUCACAAAUGUGUGAGUCUAUCAGAGAGAGUUUGGUAAAAAGACAAUUUCCUACAAAGGAGAACACAAAUAGUAAGUUUGACAUUCUUCACAAUCAACAUGAAAAUGAAAUGGAAGAAAUAUCAGGAGAUAUAAAGGAAGAAUCUAAAUCUCAAAACAGCAAGGAUAGAGUGAUCUGUGAAUUAAGAAUGGAGCUAGAGAGAUUGCAGGCUGAAAAUGCCUUGGAGUGGGACAAGAGGGAAAUACUUGAAACAGAGAAACAAGAUCUGGAGAGAGAAAAUAGAAGGCUCAAGAUCCGGGUAAAAGAAAUGGAAGAGCUCCUGGAUAGGAAAAAUGGAUUGUGUGCAAACUCUCAAGACCCUGAUUUCAAGAUUUCACAAAUUGAUCUACAAGAGAAAAACAAGGAACUGUUGAAUCUUCAACAUGCCUACUAUAAACUAAGAAGACAAUACCAGGCAACAAUUGCAGAACUGACUCAUGCAAACAAUCGAGCAGCUCAAGAUGAGGCAGAAGUAAAAAAACUGAGAUCACGAGUGGAAGAACUAAAACAGGGACUCAACCAAAAGGAAGAUGAGGUACUACUGUAUACAGAAACACAUGCUGCAUAG